AUGCUGCUUACUGAAGAUGUGAUUGGUUAUUCCCUGGCUGGAGAUAUCACAUUAGGGGGGCUAUUUUCAGUCCAUGUGGAUACAAAUCACCCUGUGAUUAACUUUAAGGAAAAUCCACAGACUCUUCAGUGCAACAGAUUCCAUCUCAGAUAUUACCGCUUCUUCCUUGCGAUGGUAUACACUAUAAUGGAGAUUAAUGCCUCUGAUGAUCUUCUGCCCAAUAUAACUCUGGGCUUCAAACUCUAUGAUUCGUGCUACAAUGAGGUUAGUUAUGGUUCAAUUCACCCUUCAUUGAGUGAUAAAAUAGAAUUCCCGUCCUUCCUCAGAACCAGCCAUAAUGCCAACUAUGAGGUUUUUGCACUUGUUCAAUUGUUGAAGUACUUUAACUGGACCUGGGUGGGUAUCAUAUCCUCCGACACUGACUUGGGAAGAUCAGGGGCUCAGCUGGUGAGUCGAGAGAUUGAGAAUAAUGGCGGCUGUAUUGCAUUUAAUGAGAUACUUCCCAUAGUCAACUUUAUGGAGUCCGUCUACCAUAUCAUUGAUGUCAUCCAAAAAUCCAGAGCAACAGCGAUCAUUGCGUAUUGCACUAUAGAAAGCUUUAUACCAUUAAUUGAGGAGGCAUCAAUUCAUAAUAUCACUGACAAAGUGUGGCUGGGCACUACCCUUUGGUCCAUAUCAUCUGACUUUCCAAAAAAUGAAAUUCAAACUACCUUAAAUGGAAGUCUUGGAAUAGCGACUCGACAUGGGAAUAUUCCAGGAUUUAGGGAGUUUCUUUAUCGUCUUCACCCUUCCAUGUCUUUGGAUGAUCUUUUACUGCUUUAUUACAUAAAACACAUUAAGUUUAGCUACACGGCAGGAGAGCAGAUAUAUUUUGAUGAGAAUGGGGACGUUCCUCUCUAUCUGGACAUCUUGAAUUGGCAGAUGUUCCCUAAUGGAAGCAACCAGUAUGUCGACAUUGGAAGUUUUGAUGCCCAAGCUCCAAAAGGCCAACAACUCAAGAUACACGACAACAAGAUUUUAUGGAAUGUUGGAUAUGACCAAAUCCCUGUGUCAGUGUGCAGUGACCCUUGCCCAAGAGGCCACAGAAGAGCCACCAUUCAAGGACAAAAGAUCUGUUGCUUUGAUUGUCUGCCGUGUUCUGAAGGAGAGAUUCUCAACCCAAAAGAUAACAGUAAAUGUCUAAAGUGCCCAGAAGACCAAUGGCCUGACAGCAUGAAAGAGAAAUGUCUUCCAAAACCUAUUCAGUUCCUUUCUUAUGAUGAGCCGUUGGGUUCCUCGCUUGCCUGUAUUUCAGUCUUUUUUUGUCUGAUUACGUUUUCUGCCUUCUGCCUGUUCAUAGCUAAACGGAAGACUCCCAUAGUAAAAGCCAAUAACAGAGAGCUCAGCUACCUACUUCUCAUCUCCCUCAUGUUUGGCUUCCUGUGUUCCUUGGCAUUCAUUGGCAGACCCAACCUGAAGACGUGCAUGAUACGCCAGGUCCUGUUUGCUGUUAUUUUCUCAUUUUGCAUUUCAGUCAUCCUAGCAAAGACUGUCACUGUCAUCAUGAUAUUUAGUGCCACAAACCCAGACAGUAAGCUGAAAAGAUUGGUGGCAAUGAGAAUACCUGUUUAUAUUGUCCCUGUGUGUACAAUGGUACAGAUAAUUCUAUGCAUUGUUUGGUUGGCCAGGGCAGCUCCAUUUGCAGAAUUCAAUAUGGCGGCAGAAAUAGGGAUAAUAGUGAUUGAGUGCAAUGAAGGCUCUAGGGUGUUAUUUGCAUGUGUGCUGGGGUAUAUGGGGUUGUUAGCAGCUAUUAGUCUAUUGGUUGCCUGUUUGGCUAGGAAGCUCCCUGACACAUUUAAUGAGACCAAGUUCAUCACAUUCAGUAUGUUGGUAUUUGCCAGUGUUUGGCUGACAUUUAUACCCGCUUACCUCAGUACCAAGGGGAAACAGACGGUGGCAGUAGAAAUCUUUGCUAUACUAUCUUCAAUGGCUGGACUUCUUGUUUGCAUUUUUAUCCCAAAAUGUUAUAUAAUAUUAUUGCACCCGGAAAUGAACAGCAAACAGUAUAUCACUGGAAGGAACACCAGGAACCGAGGGACAUGA